AUGGAGCGCCCAGUCCCCGGGGGGGUGCCAGGGGAGAAGGAGGAGGAGAGGGUGCUGGUGUCGGAGAAGAGCUGGAGACCUUGCCCCAAAGCCCGGAGGAGGCUCCGAGGGUGCCUGGAGCAGGUGAAAAAACAGCUUUUCUGCGUCGGGGACGAUUGGUAUUUCCUCUUCAUCCUGGGGGUCCUCAUGGCCACCAUCAGCUUCGUGAUGGACCUCCUUGUUGCCAGGCUCUAUAAGGCCCACCGGUGGCUUUACCAAGAGGUUGGUGACAUCUUGGUGCUCAAGUACCUCUCGUGGACCAUGUACCCCAUGGCACUGGCGGCCUUCUCCACCGGCUUCUCCCAAAGCAUCACCCCAUACUCGGGAGGCUCUGGCAUUCCAGAACUGAAGACCAUCCUGACCGGUGUGGUAUUGGAGGACUACCUGGCCAUCCAAAAUUUUGGAGCCAAGGUGGUUGGGUUGACCUGCACCCUGGCGUCCGGCAGCACCGUUUUCCUCGGCAAAGUGGGUCCCUUCGUCCACCUCUCCGCCAUGGCUGCGGUGUAUUUGGGGAAGAUGCGGACCUCGGUCACGAGGCAGUACGAGAAUAAAUUCAAGCAGAACGAGAUGCUCGUGGCAGCACAAGCCGUCGGGGUGGCCACGGUUUUCGGGGCACCCAUCAGCGGGGUGCUUUUCAGCAUCGAGGUGAUGGCCUCCCACUUCGCCGUGCGGGAUUACUGGCGGGGCUUUUUUGCUGCAACCUGUGGCGCCUUCGUGUUUCGCCUCCUCUCUGUCUUCAACAGUGAACAAGAUACCAUCGCCGCUGUUUUUAAGAGCGACCUCAAGAUUGAUUUCCCCUUUGACCUGCUGGAGACUUUCUUUUUUGCGAUUUUGGGGGCUGUCUGCGGGCUCGUGGGCUGCGCCUACCUCUUCUGCCAGCGCUGGUUGCUGGCAGCUGUCAAGGAGAACCGGCUCACAGCCAAGCUGCUGGCCACCGACAAGCCCGUCUACACGGUACUGGUGGUGCUGCUCCUCGCCUCCAUCACCUUCCCGCCCGGGCUGGGGCAGCUGAUGGCCUCCAGGCUCACCAUGAAGGAGUAUCUCACCUCCCUCUUCGACAACCGUACUUGGGGUGUGCUGGUCCCCAACGCCUCCUCGGUGGCCGACCCCCCCAGCGUGGACCCUCGGGGGCUCUGGCAGGAGUGGUACCACCCCUCCGCCACCAUCUUCGGCACCUUGGCCUUCUUCCUGCUGAUGAAGUUCUGGAUGCUGAUCCUGGCCACCACCCUGCCCCUGCCCGCCGGUUACUUCAUGCCCAUCUUCAUCUAUGGAGCCACCAUCGGGCGCUUGCUGGGGGAGACGGUGGCCCUGCUCUUCCCCCAGGGCCUCCGUUCAGAGGGGGACCCACACCCCGUCAUCCCCGCUGGCUACGCCCUGGCCGGCGCAGCUGCCUUUUCGGGCUCAGUGACCCACGCCAUCUCCACGGCUUUACUGGUGUGUGAGGCCACCGGUCACCUGGGCCACGUCCUCCCCAUUGUCCUGGCUGUGCUGGUGGCUAAUGCCAUCACCCAAAAGCAUCAACCAUCCUUCUACGACGGCACCAUCAUUGUCAAGAAGCUGCCCUACCUACCCCGCAUCCGCAGCCGGCACAUGGCCUCCUACCAAGUGGUGGUGGAAGAGUUCAUGGAGCGCCAGGUGGUGGCCUUGGCCAAGGGUGGUGGCUUCGAGGAGGUGCUGGUGGCCUUGGAUGCCUCCGUCAAUGCCGAAUACCCCGUGGUGGAGAGCGCAGGGUCACCCACGCUGGUGGGUACUGUCAGCAGAGCCCAGCUGGUCGCCUUCCUCCAGAGCCACAAGCAUCCCCAGGCACCCUCAGGGGAGAAGCUGACCACCAUGGGGACGCUUGGGGACAACUGUGCCAUCGAGCCCAUCAUGCUCCAGCUCUCGCCGUGGACCUCCCUGCACCAGGCCCAUCACCUCUUUGAGCUGCUGAAGCUGCAGCGCAUCUUCGUCACUCGCUUCGGGGAGCUGGUGGGAGCCGUCAGCCGGGUGGAGCUGCGAAGAGCGAUCGAGGAGCUCGCCAACCCCAAGUGA